AUGGGUACAGCACGCUGCUCCGCACCGGCGAUUAUCGCUCUCUCCGCCCUCCUGUUUCGGUCCGCUUCAGCACAGCUCCUCACCAACGGCAAUAGCCAGCUCCCGUCAUGUGCCGCCACCUGCACCCUCCUCAACCAAGCCGCUCAAGCCUGCAGCGGCACCGCCACCGCCGACCAGGGCACUUGGAGCUGUUUCUGCCAAUCGGCCUACCUCAAGACCCUCUACACCACCCCGAAUGGCGUCUGCGAUCAGUUCUGCACCAACCCGAGCGACAACCAGCAGGUGAUGACGUGGUACACCAGCAACUGCGGCAGUGACAAUGGCGCGAUCGAGCAUGCCGGCUCCGCGACCGGUGCGACGACGGUGGUGGUUACGAGCACGAGCAUGACUUCUACGACGACGGCGGCGGCUGCUACGAGCGAUGGCGUACAACCUACGACGACGGCAUCCGGCGGCUCGGCUUCGGUGUCGAAUCUCAACACUUCCAACGCCGAUUGGUGGAGCAUACAUUACAGAUGGGUCAUCAUGCUCAUCGUCCUCUUCGUCAGCUUCAUCCUCAUCGCCAUCGUCGCAGUCUUGCUCAAACGCCGUCAUGACCGCAAGCAAGACCGCAUCCGCGAAGGCUUCAACGCCGGCAUCACCAGCCGCACCACGCCCAUGAUUACCAUCACCGCGCAGGAUGGCGCCGCAGGAGACUCGACCUUCAUGAGCGGUGCGCAGCCAAUUGCUGGAGGAGGAUGGGAGGCUGGCGGUGGCAGGAACAGCCCGGCUCGGACAAGAGAGGUGUUCAUGCCCUAUGGGUACAGUUACACGAGGAGUGAGAGUCGGUUGGGCAGUCGUGGGGAUUUGGAUGGGAGGAAGAGUCCGGUGCCGAGGGGUAUGGCGCCGGUGGAGGAUUUGGAGAAGGAGGUUGGGAUUGGUGCGGCGAAUGCGGAUACGCCUCGAAGUGUGAGAUCGGCGAAGAAGGGCAGGAGGGUGAUGGUGAGGGAGAGGAGUGUUGAGGGGCCGGAGAGUCCGGUGGCGGAGAAGGAGCGGCGGUGA